AUGGCUUCCCUUCAAAUCGGUGUCGCCGACCUCUCGGCCACCAAGAAGAAGGCCAUCGAGGAUGCGGAAAAAAUGCAGAAGCGCAUUGUGCGUGAGCGUGGCGAGGCUGGAAGAGAUCCCCCGCCUUACGUCUUGUCAGAGCUCAUUGGAAAGGGCAGCUUUGGGCGCGUCUACAAGGCUAGGGCGACUGGCUCGGGGCGCCUCGUCGCCGUCAAAAUCAUCAGCAUCGAUGAAGGUGACAGCCUCGCACCUGGUGCGGCUGAUACAUUUCAGGACAUUCUCAAAGAGGUCAAUACCCUCAAGAAGCUCAGUGAGAGCGGCGCCAGAAACAUAAACACGGUCAUCGAAACGCUGCUCGUCGGUCCAUCCAUGUGGAUUAUCACCGAGUACUGCGGUGGCGGAAGUGUUUCGACCCUGAUGCGACCGUCAGGCGGGCUCCCAGAGAAAUGGAUCAUCCCAAUACUGCGUGAAGUGGCCGAGGCGCUGAAAUGGGUCCACAAGGAAGGCAUCAUCCAUCGCGAUAUCAAAUGCGCGAACGUAUUAGUGACCGAGGUUGGGGGCGUCCAGCUGUGCGAUUUCGGAGUGGCUGGAAUUAUCGAGACCAAGUUUGACAAGAGGAGCACCGUCACGGGCACACUGAAUUGGAUGGCCCCGGAACUUUUUGACAUGUCUGUCUCGUACGGCACCGAGGUCGACAUUUGGGCUUUCGGGUCCCUUGCUUUCGAAGCCGCCACUGGGUUGCCCCCCAAUGCUAAGAACAUGUCGCGGUUUGAUCCAUCGCAAUUCGGCUCGUACCUGAAGCAGCACGUUCCUCGACUCCAAGGUGAUCAGUUCUCAGAUAGGCUUAAGGAUUUGGUCGCCUUCUGCAUGACCGAAGACCCAAGGGACCGCCCCUCCAUCGGCCAGAUCCAGGGACACCCGUACAUCUACAAUACGGAACGGGACUACCCCACACAAUCUCUGUCUAUGCUCGUCAACGCGUAUCGGCUAUGGGAAGUCCAAGGGGGAAACCGGAUGUCGCUUUUCAAUGCGGGGGGCGCGCAGGCACCGACUGGCGAUGAGCCCUCGCAGCCUUCACAUAGUGACGACUGGAACUUCGACACGAUGAUCGGUGGAAUCGACCAGGGUGUUCUAGGGGACACUCAGGCCCAAGCCGUGUAUGAUGCGUACGGGCCUCGCGUCUCAAUGAUGCCUCCACCUCCGAAGCAACAGGGCCGUCGCCGCCGGCCGCCCAAUAUUCCGGUGUUGAAGGCUCCUUUAGAGAAAGCGUUCGAUCCCAACACCAUUACAAACUACGAGGAAAAUGCCCGGCUGUUUUAUGGCAGACCCAUGCCUUCCUCAGCGCCCGAAAUGGGGGAAAUGAGUGCUCAAAAGGAAGAUAGCACGAACCCAACACAGCCUCGAGAAUCUUUGAUCGAUCUCGACUUGUCACUUGACGGCGAUAGACUGUCUCGAUUCGCAGACAUGGAGGAAGGGGAGACUAUUAAGGCCAAUUUCCCCGCACCGAAGCGCGAGACGAUCCGAGAAUCUGGCCUAAUUGACCUCGAUGAGUCUCUCGACGGCGGGAGACUUUCUCGAUAUGCUGAUACGCAGAUGGACACUGUUAGAGCCAGUCGACAAAGUAUCAGGCCGCUCGGAAGGAGCCAGACCACUUUGGAUCGGCGCCGCACCCAAGAUUGGUCUUUUCCAGCGGCGAUUGGCGAGGAGCUCGCUCACGAGGAUCAGCAGGACAACCGCAGAGAAAGCCAGCUUUACAGAAGCCAGUCGACAAUGGACCAUCGCCGCACCCAGGACUGGAGUUUUGCAAGCGCUACUGCGGGUGACUUUAUUCAGCCAAUCAAACCAGAAAUCACAAGGAGCCAGUCCAGUCUUGACCAUCGACGGACACAAGACUGGUCGUUUUCGGCUGCGACUGCCUCGAAUCCCCGCCUCGAGGGUCAGUGGUUUCAGUCUCACGACGAGAACGACGAGGAUGAUUACAUGGCGUUGGAUUCUCUUCCCACCACCAUGACAGGACACCGCCAAGACGACUCGCUACACGUAACACUUCCCCCCCGCGCGGCGACCAGUUUGGAAGUCAGUCGGUUCUCAGCCUCUAGCAUGAUCGAUCUCGAUGCCAGUCUUGUUGGAGAAAACGGCGAGUCUCUUCGUCCCGCGACUGCACUCUCCGAGGCUUCCUCCGCAACCUCGGACACCUGGAGGCCCACCCUCUCACAUCAAAAGUCGUUCCAGUUCAAUCUGGAAGACUCCUUUCCUUCGGCCACCAGGGAACCAUCUCUUUAUGUCUCGGACGACGGCAUCUCGAGAAGCAGCCGAGAGCAGACUUUCCACGUACUAGACGACGCCAUUCCACGAAGCAACAGAGAGCCAUCCCUAUAUGUACCCGAUGGCUUUGGUUCGACCAGUUCCAUUUCAUCAAUUAAUGAGAGAGAGCCCUCCCUUUAUGUAUCUGACGAAAUUGGUCUUGGAAUCAUCCCAUCGACCCCGACGUCGGGGGACGUGGUUCUUACUCCGCCGUCCGAUAGCGCCAACGACACAUCGGACGACGCAGCGGCACAAGCUGACGACAGCCGCGUGUCUAUCACUAUCGAAGACUCUGAUGUCGACUCGGAUGCACCCAUGCCUGCAAUCCCGUACAUGCCGCGGGCCCCUAUGAUUAGCGUGCUGCAGGCGACUAGUUCCCAGGACGAGGUGAAGGAUGAGCUCCAGCGCAUGAUCAGAAGCCUGCAUGAGCAUCUUCAAUACACUACUUCUGUUCUGCGGACCUUGCCUGUGAGGAGGGGAUCAGCGCAGGGGGAACACUCGGGAUCUGAGAUUUUGUUUUGA